CCUGAUUCCGUGGUGAAAGCGCAAUAUUGGCUUGUGGUUCAUGGUCCGGAAUCUAAACAGAUAUUUUUGGAAUGCAUUUGCUCGUUCAAGGGACAUACGCUCAGCACUGAUCUGCCGCUCUUGCGAAUGACUUACGUUGUGGGUAUACCUUUGUCUCAGACGCCCAUCCAUACAUGUCCCCGAGUGACUGGCAGCUCGAACGACGGACGUUGUUCGGACGAUCCAUUCUUGACCGCUCGGAACAUGCGAGCACUCAGAGCAGCGGAACUGACAUGCAGCCACGCGCGCCGUCAGGAGCAGGAACAGAAUGCUAGUACGAAAAGCCAGCGUCAGUUCGCAGAUAUAAUUUAAUACCAUUGAAUUCAAAUUGUGGACAAUAACGUAGUAAUAGAAUAGAUUCCGGCACUGGCGGGCAGCGCGGCCCGAUCAGGAGGACGCGCAUACAGGCUGGAUCCGAGGACCGGAAAAAGCCCGCGGCGGGCCUCUUUCGUAUCGAGUGUGUGUGGUAUGUGGUAUGCUGGACGUUCUUCAUGCAGCGAAGGGUCCACCUCGUGACAGUCGUCAGUUCGUCAUCACGGACCCAUCAGCAGCAGCGGCCGGAUUGUCCCGGGCGCUGGCAGAUGGGCCCUGCUCCUCGGUCGCAUCACACCGCUCCUUCCUCCGCGGAAGGAGACGGGUGGGAAACAGACCGAGUGAGAGACGAUGGCGUUGAGCGACGGGAGGACGAGGAUGGGAUGGCAGAUGGACGACGGUGCGUCUGCGGAGAAAAAUGGUGUCAGCACGAAGGCGGAUGCGGAAGAAGCGAGGGUAAGGCUCGGAGGAGAAGAAACCUUCGGGCCCGAGCAAAGUCCGCGCGGGCCGCCGGAGAAAAAGGAGCUGGGACAGGGACAACCACUCACAUGACGACUCAUGAUCGCUUUCGCCAUGGAAGCAGGUGUUUGACAUUGGAACAAGGCAGGCACUGGGCACUAAAUCAGCGACGACGGGCAAUGCAGGAACGGAGACUCAGCGUACAGGGGACAUCGACUAGGGCACGAGGGACUUCGGGCCGUCGAGCGAGACCCACACCGCGCACUCCGCGCUGCCCGCGCAUGGGCGGCGCAACAGAGGGACGGAUGGCGAGGGGCAGAGUCUGCGAGAGUGCCAUAGACGGAGCCGAUGCGGAUAUGUCUGACAAAGAUGACUUCUUCUUCCAAGACAGCAGUCGAGCGAGCCACCGUGUGUGCCCCACGGCCGGCUCUGCUAUCUUCUCGUUCGCGGCGACAGUUGCAACGGGGGUUGCGGCCUUCUCGACCGCCAGUGCAACGGGGAUGACGGCAUGCGCGCGGGAGCACAAGACUACCCUGACGAGAGCCAGGAUCGCGAGCGUCGUGAGGAGCACGAGGGCGAGGCGGGUGUACGGCAUGCUGAGCGACGAGACCCAUGCCGGAGACGCCGGGAGGGCAAGCUCGAGCUGCAGGGCGGUGGCCGAGACGGGCGCAGGCAGAAUGAACAUCGUGCGUGUCCUGAGACGAGGGGGAAAGACGACGAGCGUGAGGUAACAACCUACGUGGCCGACCUACAUAUAUGGAUCGCCCGGUUGUCUUACCGACUCUGAUCCGGGGACAUGGAUGCAUAUAUCCGAUCGGACAGGUGGUCAGUGGUCACUCACCGAGCAAGGCGUAAAUCAGCUCUUUCCGCGUGUAAUUCACCGGUUCCUGAGUGCCCUUUGAGCGCUUGAAUGUCCGGAGUUUUGCUUUUGGCUCUUAUCGUCGCGCCUGGACCGCCGGCCUUGACCCCGUUUUACAUUCCUGUGUGGCACGUGACUCGGAUUGAAGUUGACAUUGAUACCAUCAUCUCAUCAUGAUGGUGCCCGUAUCCAAGCCUAAUGUUCUGGUUUCCACCUGUCAAGUCCAGGCUUAAACCUUGAGCAACGCAUGGAACGGAAAAGGUUCCCAGACUGCGGCCAGAAAUCAGAUUACGACAAAUACAGGUAAUAUUUACGGGUACUGGUACAGCUAGCUAUGCAACCACUCGAAGAAUACAAAUGCGGAUGAGAGAUGAUGGAUGAUCCAUAGAUGAUAGAUAGAGUCAGACACGGCCGUCUAGGGCGAAGACGCAGAUUCUCUUUAUUCAGUGGCAUCACUCGACGCGUCUGUAGGAGGCUUCACAUCCCAGGGCGCCGGAAUGCGAGGCACGUCGGCGAGGUUGUUGUCCGCGCGAGCAUCGCUGAGCCGUUCCUGAUGGGUAAGUUUCAUCCGAUGUCGACAUCGCAGCAGACGCAGUUUCGUGCGUUUGAUCC